AGUAGUGUAUUGAAUGUAAGUGAGUGACGUACACGCGCAUUAUUUGCAUAACCUUUGACAUGGGUUUUCCCUUGGAUUUAUUUGACCGUGAUGUGGACGAAGCUUUUAUAUGCUGGAUAUGCGAGAAAGUAUUACACGACCCCUUAGCUACUCCUUGUGGGCAUGUGUUCUGUGCGUCUUGUGCCAAUGCGAAGUUAAGUGAAUCAAACUCUUGCCCAAAAGGAUGUCCAACAUCGCUUUCAGCAAAGGAGCUAAACCGAGUCCUGCCCUUGUCAAAGUUAAUAGGAAAGCUUAAUGCUCGGUGCUCGAACUGGUGUAAAGGUUGUCCGUUUGUUGGACCGUUACAUUGCUCCGAGGAGCACAUGCUCGGAUGCGAGUAUCAUCCGCAAAUAUGUCCGGAGUGCGGCAAGGAAGCAGAGGAUUGUACUUGUUCUUUGGAAGAUAAUAAGGAGAUAAAAGAGGAGAAUUUGAGCAAAGAGGAGUUACGGAAGAGGACUCAAGUUUUGGAGGAGCAGCUUAUCGUGUUGAGCAAAAAACUACAGAAAAUGGAAACGUUGUUUCCGACUUUGGAAUAUUCAACUUCUAAUGAUGAAGAUUACGAGUAUGAGGUAAACGGGCAGGACCUUUCUGGAGCAUCUCACAAAGAAGCGGCCCACGCUUUCAAGAACGCCCCGGAACCUAUUACUGUGGUUCUUCGACGAAACAACACAAAGAACAACGACGAUGACGUCAUUGCUCCCAGAAGCAGCUUCAAAGCACCCUCCUUCACCCCCUCCGUGUCAUGCGCCGCCACGCAAACGAGCCAGGUGCAGGACAACCUUUGCUUCUGCCAGACCCUCAUUCAGAACUGCCAGAACGCACAAACGAACCUCUCCGCACUUAUAAUGAGCGAGCUGAUGCGAUAUAAAAACGCCCACUCGGGAUUAUACGACGUGACCGGGCAUACUGCAGAUACUCUCGGGAGAUCUUUUAUGCUUGAAGACGAGGACGAGGUCUUUGGUUUUGAGUACGAGGAGGUUGAACUAAAACGUUCGUCCAACCAAGAAAAACUCGGUAUUAUGCUACAAGACCAGCGAGAUCCAUACACCGAUCGAAUCCGUGUGACUGUCAGCGAGGUCGCACCAUUCUCCAUCGCUGAAAAAUCCCAAAACAUCCAAACCGGCGACCAAAUCGUUAAGAUCAACGGUACGCCCGUAACUUCCAUGGCCGAAGCGUCCACCCUCCUUCACAAAGACAUUCCCAGCAUCACAUUCAUGAUACGUCGGCAACACCCAUACGACGACGAGCAGUGGAACGAAGAUUUCGAGGGCGAUGACGUACUUCGUGACGUCACGAAUUAUGAUGACGUCAUGAGCGCGACAUCCGACGAAUCUCGUCCGCGUUUUCUGGAACAAAGAACGAGGGACGGAGGGAUUGAAUACGCGGCAAUCGUCUCGCAAAAGCUUGCCACUACUGCCAGAACAACUGACAGCGGGACCUCUCAUAGCUCGGUGGAUUCCAGUCCUAAUGAAAAAGAUAGCGGCAUCGGUCGUACCACCGAUGGCAGCAGUGUACAGAGCGUCACCGAUAAUGCGACCAGUACCAAUACUCAAGAUUCGAGACGGUUCGGAACCGACUCAAGUAGAGGAAGUUCCGCUCCCCACUCAGUUGCCAAGGAGUUUACCUUUGUAGCAUCCAAGGAUUACCACUACCCGAAACGACCCUUCGAUAAACCAGUUGAUUGCCACUCGACCGACUCCGCAAAGGGUUCCAUGGAAAGAUCGAUAACAGAAGAAAAAUCUAACCAAUUCCAACGGCUGAGCGAUGCUAUACAGCACCUAGAGUUAGAAGAUGCACCAAAAAGUCCAAACUGUACACCCGAUGACGUAGACGAUGACGUCAGUCCAUGGGUGAAAAUCGCCCGUCAGGACUACGAGGACAAAAUUCGUCAGAUUGAAAACAAGGACUCCCGAAAUUUCCACCCUGCUGGUAUUUCCAGCACUGCAAACAUGGAAGACGUGAUCGUUGCUAUUGCGGCUGAACGAAACUCAAACAGCGCAACUGACAACACGUCAUCAGCUUACAGCACAGGGGAAAGUUUCCGUAGCACAAGCACUGCGAGCGCUCCCCGAAUAAGCAUUGACUCUCUAUCGCCUCCACUGUCCCCUAAAAAGAGCAUUACCAAACCGCACACCGGACCUACUAUAUCUUAUAUCAGCAGCGACGCUAAUAGCGACGGUGAAGGGCCGGCCUGUUACCUCACCCACGCCGAGGACAGCGAGUCUGAAGGUUUUGAGGACGCGGGGGUUGAAUUUAGUUCCAUAUUCACUUCUGCUACCCCACCGAAGCUCCCACCCACCCCGUUACCUAGGUUACUUCACCCACCUCAAGGCCCGAACUUCCACACGUCAGCUUCGCUUACAGCAUCGACGAAAGAGUUGUGGAAAGCAGCAGCCGCAGUUGCUAAGAAUCGGCGGCAUACCCAGACACCUGAAACAAUUGAACAAAACUCGAUGUCCAGGUCAAGGAACCGGUCAGAUUCCAGAAGUGUUGGCGACGCCAGUAGCAGUAAGGACAGAUCUGAAAGCGAAACAGUUGUUGCAUCGCAAUCUCGGAACUCGGCCGGUGAGAGCACUUGCACUGACUUGCCAGCUUCCAAUCACUUGACCAGUAAGCGUCACCGGGAUCCGAACAGUUUCAGUAAAAGCGCAGGAAGCAACGAUUUCCCUUCAAGAUCUAAGAACCACAAAUUCCGCCGCUCGUCGGACAAUAUGAACCCAUCUGUGUUAUGUAAUCGACCCAACAUGGCGACGAGGUCUCAGUCGUAUACCGAGGGUUCAGCACCGAGCAUGGAUAACAUUAAAGGUGCAACGAACACAGUGGGUGAAGGUAGUUCAAACGGUGAUGUUCGUAUGGAGUGGAAAGUACGUGUGAGCCGGGACGGGACCAGGUACAUCACAAAACGACCUGUGAGAGAAAAAGUUCUUCGUGAUAGGGAACAAAAAUUGCUCGUUGAAAGAUGCGGGGUGACCACCGACGACGAUGCGAUGACAGAGCUUAAGCUCGGUCGGCAUUGGUCACGAGAGGAACGUAAGCGACACCUGCGGCAUGCGCGAGAGAAGAAGCGUCGUCGGGAUUUCAUGCAACGUUGUCGGCUGGAAGUUCUCACUGAAAACGUACCAGCGGACACGGACAUUGUCGAGUUAAGUCACAAGAAAAUGGAACGUCGUAAACAUAAGCGUAUGCUACUCGACAGCUUUGUAACUGUGCAAGAAAUCCUAGCGCACGGGGAUAAAACUACGGGAACGGCUGCUUUGAAUCCUCUGCUCAGUGUUACCUACAUUUGAAAAGCAACCGCUAGCCAUCGCUGUGGAGCAGCGAAAACCAAUUCUUGAUCGUUAAGUGGCCACAAGCCAAGAGAGCGUACCGUAGGAGCAGAGGACCCGUCCCGAAUACACAAUGGCUGAAAACGUCUAGCACUGCGAGACAUUAGAGAUGUACAAGCAGUUGCAAUCGUUUUCCAUCGCUUAAAACGCGUAAGUUCCAUAUCAGACAUGAGUCACAAAUUCCGUUCUCACUGUUUGUACUCACACUCCCACACCAUGCUACGAUACCAAUGCAACAAGUUAUCACAAAUAUUGUUUUACCGACCUAGAAGUAUUUAUCGUUCUUUCUAAUUUAUUUCAAUACGUUUUGUUCUUUCUUUCUACGAGGCACCAACACAAACCCGUCGGUCUAUUGCAUUGUUGUAGUUUGUAAACAUGCUAUCCUAUAUUUCCUUCGUUACGAUACCAAGCACUAACUCAUUUCCAGUACUUUCUCAUACUCCUAUUUCGUCCCGGGUGUUUGCCGCGACAAUUUUCUUUACUAUUUCUUUUUUAUAUAAUAUGUUCUAUUAAAGCGCCAGUUGCCGUGCUGUUGCUUACCGAAUUUAAUUGUAUUGUGUUGAUCCGCGAAUACGAUAUGUUGUUGAAACUUA